ACCAGUCGGUCAGCUCAAAAGUCGAUCAAUCCAUAAAACCAUUUCCCUAAUUUUCUUCCUCCCCAUCGUAAUCUUUCAGUUCAUAUCAGAAAUAAACGAAAACAAAAAUGUCGUCUGCAGUUGAAUUGCUGCCCAAAGAAUACGGCUAUGUAGUUCUCGCCGUCGUUCUCUACACCUUUCUCAAUUUCUGGAUGGCUGCCCAAGUUGGCGGGGCCAGAAAACGGUACAAGGUGCCAUAUCCGACUAUGUAUGCGUCGGAAUCGGAGAACAAAGAUGCGAACGUGUUUAACUGUGUUCAGAGAGGGCAUCAGAACUCUCUCGAAAUGAUGCCUAUGUUCUUUGUGCUUCUGGUUUUGGGAGGUCUUAAGCAUCCUUGCAUCUCCGCCGCCCUUGGCUUCUUCUUUGCUUUUACUCGCUACUUCUACUUCAAAGGCUACGCCACCGGUGACCCCAUGAACCGCCUCGCCAUCGGGAAAUACGGGUUUUUGGCUAUAUUCGGGCUUAUAGGGUGCACGAUUUCGUUUGGGGUCGGUCUUCUUCUUCGAGGAUAAAGAAAAGCCGAACAAAGCCCUCAUCUCGUACUCUCAUGGCCGUGGAGGGCUUGCUCGCUCUUGCUAUCUCAUGUGCUCUGCUAGAAGGUCCUAGGGUUUUCCUUUUGUUUGUAGUAUUGGCUUUUGAAUAAGAAAGUGCAAGAGAUAGGAAGGAAAUAGUGUGUGUUGCGUUUUGUACGUCUACUUUUGAUGUCUUUAUGUAAUUGUAAACGUUUAUGUAUGAAUUACACGAGUUUGUAAACAUUAGGUUAAUUUUGCUU